CCGGGAGAGCCCGGCUGUGGGGCGUGUGUCAGCGCCGCUCUGGUCCCGGCCCGCGUGGGCCGCCGGCAGGGGGGCGGGAUGCGGCGGGGCUGGGUGGCCGCGCUCUGCUGGGCCCUGUGCUGGGCCCUGGCGCGGGGCUCCGAGGACAUCGUGGUGGGGUGCGGGGGCUUCGUCAAGUCCGACGUGGAGAUCAGCUACUCCCUGAUCGAGAUUAAAUUAUAUACAAAGCAUGGGACUCUGAAAUACCAAACAGAUUGUGCCCCAAAUAAUGGCUACUUCAUGAUUCCCUUGUAUGAUAAGGGGGAUUUUGUUCUUAAGAUUGAGCCACCUCUUGGCUGGAGUUUUGAGCCAACUAGUGUGGAUAUCCACGUGGAUGGUGUUAAUGACAUUUGCACAAAAGGAGGAGAUAUUAACUUUGUGUUUACAGGGUUUUCUGUGACUGGAAAGGUUCUCAGCAAGGGUCAAACAUUAGGUCCUGCAGGAGUCCAGGUUGUACUGAGAAAUCCUGGUACUGAAGUAAAUAUACAAGCUACUGUGACCCAAGCUGGAGGAAAGUUUGCUUUUUUCAAAGUGCUUCCUGGAGAAUAUGAAAUCUUUGCAUCUCAUCCUACCUGGACGUUGAAAGAGGCAAACACAAUGGUGAGAGUGACCAAUUCCAAUGCCAACGCUGCUGGCCCUCUAGUCGUUGCUGGCUACAAUGUUUCAGGCUCUGUAAGGAGUGAUGGGGAACCCAUGAAAGGGGUCAUGUUUCUUCUUUUCUCCUCCUCAGUCACCAAAGAGGAUAUUAUGGGCUGCAACAUUUCUCCAGUUGAUGGGUUCCAAGCAAGAGACGAGUCUCUUUACUAUCUGUGCAAUGUUAUAUCAAAAGAGGACGGAUCUUUCACCUUCCUGUCUUUACCAAGUGGGGAAUACACUGUGAUACCAUUUUACAGGGGAGAGAGAAUUACCUUUGAUGUUGCUCCAUCUAGACUGGACUUCUUGGUAGAACAUGACAGUCUGAAAAUUGAGCCUGUUUUCCAUGUAAUGGGCUUCUCGGUCACAGGCAGAGUAUUGAAUGGCCCUGAAGGAGAAGGUGUUGCUGAUGCUGUUGUGACACUGAAUGACCAAAUUAAAGUAAAAACAAAAGCUGAUGGCUCUUUCCGCUUCGAAAACAUAACAACAGGCACAUACACCAUUCAUGCACAGAAAGAGCACCUCUUCUUUGAUACCAUUACAGUGAAAAUUGCACCGAACACACCACAGCUGGCUGACAUCAUAGCAACAGGAUUCAGUGUGUGUGGUCAGAUCUCGGUAACUCGCUUCCCUGACACAAUCAAACAGUUCAAUAAAUACAAGAUAAUCAUGAUGCCACAAGACAAGGACAAAGCAUCUUCGGUUACAACAGAGACUGACCCUCAUGGAGCGUUUUGUUUUAAGGCAAAAUCGGGUACAUACAGCAUCCAGGUAAUCGUUCCGGAGGCUGAAAGCAGAGCAGGACUUGCUUUGAAACCCAAAAUGUUCCCUGUGACUGUUGCAGACAGGCCAGUGAUGGAUGUGACCUUUUCUCAAUUUCUAGCAUCAGUUUCGGGGAAAAUCUCCUGUUUGGACUCCUGUGGUGAUCUGAUGGUGGCUCUGCAGUCUGUGAGCCGCCAGGGAGAAAAGCGCAACCUCCAGCUCUCUGCAAAGAUGGACUCUGUGGCUUUCACAUUUGAGACUGUGCUACCUGGCAAAUACAAAAUAAGCAUUGUACAUGAAGACUGGUGCUGGAAGAAUAAAUCUUUGGAGCUGGAAGUUCUGGAGGAAGAUGUGUCUGGAAUAGAAUUCAGGCAGACUGGGUAUAUGCUGAGGUGUUCUCUUUCCCAUGCAAUUACACUGGAAUUUUACCAGGAUGGAAAUGGACCAGAGAAUGUUGGUGUUUAUAACCUGUCCAAAGGAGUUAACCGAUUCUGUCUUUCAAAGCCAGGUGUGUAUGAAGUGACCCCACGUUCCUGUCACCGGUUUGAGCACGAGUACUACACUUAUGACACGUCUUCUCCCACUAUUCUGACACUCACUGCAGUUCGACACCAUGUCCUGGGAACAAUAACAACAGAUAAACUGAUGGAGGUGACUGUUACGAUUAAGUCUUCAGUUGACAGUGAACCUGACUUAGUUCUAGGACCCCUGAAGUCACUGCAAGAGUUGCGUAGAGAGCAACAGCUGGCAGAAAUUGAGGCUCGCAGACAGGAGAGAGAAAAGAAGGGUCUGGAAGAGGAAGGAACAAAGCCACCAGUACAAGAAAUGGUGGAGGAACUUCAAGGGCCAUUCUCAUAUGAAUUUUCAUAUUGGGCAAGGUCUGGAGAGAAAAUCACUGUGACACCUUCAUCAAAAGAGCUGCUUUUCUAUCCACCCUCUGUGGAAUCAAUUGUCAGUGGAGAAAGCUGCCCUGGGAAACUGAUAGAGAUUCAUGGAAAGGCAGGCUUAUUUUUGGAAGGGCAGAUUCAUCCUGAGUUGGAAGGCGUUGAGAUUAUCAUUGGUGAAAGGGGAGUGACUUCACCCCUCAUCACAGUUUUCACUGAUGACAGAGGUGCCUAUAGUGUUGGCCCACUCCACAGUGACUUAGAAUAUACCAUUACUGCACAGAAAGAAGGGUUUGUUUUGACUGAAGUAGAGGGAACAGUUGGGGACUUUAAAGCUUUUGCUCUUGCUGGAGUGACUUUUGAGAUUAAAGCUGAAGAUGACCAGCCUCUUGCUGGAGUUCUCUUAUCCCUUAGUGGAGGGGUGUUCCGGUCUAACCUCCUUACCCAGGACAAUGGCAUGCUGACCUUUUCCAACCUGAGCCCAGGGCAGUAUUACUUUAAACCUAUGAUGAAAGAGUUCCGCUUUGAACCGUCAUCUCAAAUGAUUGAAGUGCAGGAGGGACAGAAUCUUAAAAUCACAAUAACGGGUCACAGAACAGCUUACAGCUGCUAUGGUACAGUUUCUUCUUUAAAUGGGGAACCUGAACAAGGAGUUUCAGUAGAAGCUGUGGGGCAGAAAGAGUGUAAUAUCUAUGGAGAAGACACAGUAACAGACGAAGAGGGUAAAUUCAGACUUCGUGGACUUCUGCCUGGUUGUGUGUAUCAUGUCCAGCUCAAAGCUGAAGGCAACGAUCAUAUUGAAAGAGCCUUACCACAGCAUCGUGCAGUUGAGACUAACGCGGCUGCUACUCUGAAAUAAAUACAAAUAGUACCUGAAGUUCAUCACCUCCAUCCCUGAAGUUAAAUGCACCCUUAUGACUUUGGAUGUGGAGUCCAGCCUUCCCAAAGGGCUCUCUCCCCUCUGAAUCCAUUGUAACCGAACUGUAGUCCUUCCUUUCCCCAGAGCAUCUGGAUAAGGAAAUAAACAAAAGGUUGAUCUUGGCUCAUUAGGGAUCAGGUAGGUCACUUGCACUUGGUCACUAUAAUAGAUCAUAUUAGAAUAACAACAGUGCUGGGAGAAUUCUUCGAUAGCUCUGCACACUGAUCUGGAAUCCUGGGUCUGUCCUUGCUUGCACUUUAAGAAAGUUCAGAUCUCUAUAUGAGCUGUACACAUCUUGAGUCUGUUUUGGUAUUUGGCAUGUCCUCCAUCAGUGGAGUAGCUGAGUGGACUCUGUUUUAAACAUAGGGUUCAAACAAGGUACCCUCACCAAAUCCAUGUCUUCAUGCUGGAUAUUGGCACCAAAGCUUAAACUAAAUGAAGCCCCAAUAGGAACCAAGUUUGAAAUAAGUGAUCUUCAGUCACCAAGUACCUGAGUCUAGGGAAUUAACACAGGACAUUGUUUCUGGAUUUUCUUUACCAUAGACAAUGAAACAUUAGCUAGCAACUCUGAAGGAUUUUGUUUCUUAGCAUGUGCAAGUCUUUAAAUUAUUUAUUGUAUGCUUAUAUUUUACACUUAAUUACACAUGGUAGAUAUCUUUUCUGUUUUCGUUUGUUUAUGUGGUCCAAAUCAUGAAGUCCUCAUGCAGGCAAAAUUACCAGUUCAGCUCUGUAGAUCUUCAUAAAAUUUAAUAAAAACCUCCUGAACUUAAAACUUAUCAGAUUUCAUGAAUAUUCUUCCAUUGUUAAAGAUUCAGAUUAGUUGCCUCUCAUUUAUCUCUUGACAUCCAGCAAAGGUUAAUUAGCCUGCCAUUAGUUGUUUAAAAUCUUUAUGUGGAGAUGGUCAUUACUCAAGCUAAAACGGUUGCCUGACCAGGCUUUCCUUCACUGCAGCAAAAGAAAGGAGCAGAAUUCUUUAAGCAUUUGCACUCUUCAUGCUAAUUGUGCCUGCUCCUUAGGUGGGAGGGAAGAGGCCACCCAAGUUACAGACAACAAAUCAGUGCUAGUGUGCUGUGAAUGAUAGCCAAUGUACACCAAUUUGUCCUACUCUCAUCUUAGCUAGCAUGCUAUUUCCUUCCUGCUGGAGAAGAGCUCUGGGUUCUGUCUUUCAAACGUAUAAGACCCUCCAGAUUCCGCCUACUCAUGAUAUAGCUAGUUUUGAGGUCUACCACCCCUUGACCAGUGUCCCUUUUUGAUAUGGAAAACCAGAAGCACCCGUUCUACACACAAUCACUUUUUUUAAUUGAGGUUAUUUAGAAAAAUAUUUUUGUCUCACAUCAAUCAGAAUCUGGUAUUAAAAGCACAUAGUAUUUAAAUUUUAACUCUGCUG